AUGGCACUACUGUCGUCGUGUCUGCUGUACGGCACGCUGCCGAUCAUGCCAACAUACACCACCCCGUUAAUGAUUGCCAAGAUGCCUGUCGAACUCCUCCGUUACUUCCCGACUGUCCCGUCGGAAGUUUGUCAUAUCCACCAGCUCUACUUCGUCGGCGAUAUCCGCGCUGGGAGGACCCCGCCGCAAGCCAAGUCGUCAAAAGCUGCGACGACUCCAGCAGUUGUGGAGGGCCAGGAGGAUCCUGUUGUCAAGAAGAAAAUGGCAACACACUCGCUGUCUCUCGACAAGUGCGUGUACGAGCGGCGGCGCGCUGCACUACACCAGGUAGUGGCUGCCAUGCACAGCGCUCCCCUGCUGACCACCUGCGUGCGACUUGGACCUCACAUGACUGAGAUCUCGAUGACGAGCAGUUCCAGGAGUUUAUGUCUUGUGACUUUCACGUUCGGCACUGAUUCGAGCGCUUCAAACGCGGUUGCGCUAAGCUUUAGCCUUGCCCACCAACAGCAUUAAAUGCGAUGGCAUUGAAGCCUGCGGUAGCGCGAGGCAGAAAUAUUCGCUCUCUAUGCGUGUAUACAUGUAUUUCGAAGUAAAAGAAGCCCAGAUCCACCAAAGAAAGGUGGAGAAUAGCAUUGCAGUGUAUGAGUCAAAGCUACGAGUGUGCAACAAGACGAUACAAGCCGAUCAC